ACAGCCGCUUCCGGGGUUCUGUUCCUAUGUGUGUGUGUGUGUGUGUGUGUGAGAUGAUUCCUGUGAGGCGCUGCCUCUUGGGGCUGGGAUGCCGCAUACUGGGCAGCGGGAUUCCCGGGCUACAGCGGGGGCGAAUGGGUGUGAUUCCCUUGACAUCUGCGUUUGCUUCAAGCCCUGUUUGCAGAUACCAAAGUAACAGAACUGAAGAAUCUCUUACCAGCACCUCAUUACUCAAACACCUUACUAUGAAAAUAAAAUCAACCGGGCCUAUUACGGUUGCCGAAUACAUGAAGGAAGUUUUAACAAACCCCCUAAAGGGUUAUUAUAUGCACCAUGACAUGCUGGGAGAACAUGGAGAUUUUGUUACAUCACCUGAAAUAAGUCAAAUAUUUGGAGAGCUAAUUGGGAUAUGGUGUAUUAGUGAAUGGAUAGCUGGUGGAAAAUCAAAAUCUCUGAAGUUAGUGGAACUUGGGCCUGGAAGGGGCACUCUAAUGGAUGAUAUUUUAAGGGUCUUUAUUCAGUUCCAGCAUUUACUGAAUUCUUGCAAUAUCUCCAUACACCUAGUAGAAGUGAGCCCUAAACUAAGUGAAAUCCAAGCACUUACGUUAACAGGAAAGAGUGUUGAGACAAAAUAUGAUGAGACGACAUCAGUUUAUAAGAAAGGAAUAACAAAAUCAGGACAUCCAGUUAAUUGGUACUAUGAUAUACAAGAUGUACCUCCAGGAUAUACAUUUUGCAUAGCACAUGAAUUCUUUGAUGCAUUACCCAUACAUAAAUUACAGAAAACUCAAGAUGGAUGGCGAGAAGUUCUAAUUGAUAUUGACCCAGACAAUCCACAUAAACUAAGAUUUGUCCUUGGUUCUACCAAUUCUCUUGUUGCAAGAACGUUUAUUCAGGCUGAUGAAAAAAGGGAUCAUGUGGAAGUAUGUCCAAGUGCUGCUGUAAUUAUUCAAAAGCUUGCCAGCCAAAUAAAUAGUUAUGGAGGGGCUGCUCUGAUAGCGGAUUACGGACACUCUGGUACCAAAAUGGACACAUUUAGAGGAUUUCGGGCUCAUCAAUUACACGAUGUGCUAAUAGCUCCAGGAACAGCAGAUCUUACAGCCGAUGUGGACUUUAGCUUCUUGAAAAGAAUAAUUGAAAACACAGUUGUCACUGUAGGACCCAUUGCACAACAUGAAUUCUUGAGAAAUAUGGGAAUUGAUUUUAGAUUAAAGGUACUUCUGGAAAAAAAUAAAGAUAUAACUAUUCAACAACAGUUAUUACAGAGCUACAAUUUUCUCAUGGAUCCAGAUAAAAUGGGAGAACGGUUUAAAUUUUUCUCCAUGUUUCCAGAUGGCAGAUUGAAAAGUAGUGAUCAUAAAAAUCCUAAUACCCAAAAUAACCCUAUAGCCGGAUUUACCCCACUAGAAAUAAGCUGAUGUAAAUGUUACAAGAGAAAGUUGUUCCAUGUGUGCCAAGUUGUAACAAAUGGUAAUCUUCACUUUGCAAAGCAGAACUAUUGAAAAAUUGUGUUUUAUGUAGUAUGAUUAUUUAUGAAAAAAAUUCUGUUUAUUUGCAUUAUACGUUUGUACAAAAAAAAAGUCUUUAUUUUAUCUGCAGUAUUUAAGACAUUAAAAGUAAACAAAGUAAAACUUA